AUGGAAAGUGGUAGUUACAAGCGAGCGACAACAUCGGCGCCGCAAAGAGAAAACUCAGCCUCGAUGUUAACUCUUCCUAUCCGAGACGACGUCUCGGAGGAAAGCGACAUAGACGAAGCCAAAAUGCUCCUCAUCGGGGAGAACGGAGUCGACGACGAAGGCGAGAGUUUAUCUCCUCUACGCGACGGUGCACCGGAGCUCCACCACUACAACCUCCUCUCGAUCGAGUCAACGGUCACGAUUCGUCAACUCACAUCACAAGGUCUCUCCUUCCAGCUCUGGCCCGCCGCUUCAACAUUCGUCACAUUGCUCGAUAAUUACCGCCGUAACCCUAGCAACAGCCCACUCGCCGCCACACUCUCCUCGCUAAAAUCCAACGGUCCUGAUUCGUCGUCUCCAUCGAUAAACAUACUCGAGCUCGGGUCUGGAACAGGAAUCGUCGGAAUCGCCGCGGCAAUCACUCUAGCCGCUAACGUCACCGUGACGGAUCUCCCACACGUCCUCGGCAAUCUCAGCUUCAACGCAGACGCAAACGCUGAAAUCGUGGCGAGAUUCGGCGGUCAAGUCCACGUGGCACCGCUAAGAUGGGGUGAAGCUGAUGACGUGGAUGUUCUAGGUCAGAACUUUGACUUGAUUCUAGCGUCUGACGUGGUUUACGACGACCAACUCUACGAGCCUCUCCUCGAAACGCUGCGUUUGAUGAUUGCGACGAUGCAAUUAACUGGGAAGAGAUUAGUAUUCGUAAUGGCUCAUCUAAGGAGAUGGAAGAAAGAAUCUUUCUUCUUCAAGAAAGCUCGAAAGCUUUUCGAUGUUGAUGUUAUACAUUCUGAUGUUCCUCAACAAGGUUCUAGAAUCGGUGUUGUUGUUCACCGUUUUACCGCGAAACAGCCGAAUCAAAACGGUCGGAUUGUUUCGUGUUAA